UCAAGUACAAUAAUAAUCUUUGCUUGGGUUUGCUGGCAGGUCACCUUGUGUUUAAUGCAUGUUAAAGUGCUGUCUUUCGCAUAGUCGAUGUUAAUCUAGUCGCAUUUCGCAAUGAGUUGAUGACGUACGAUUCUUACGGUUUCUUAAGGACAGAUUUAUUUUUCUCCGAAAUUUGUGUUGUAGCGUUAUAUAGGAGUGUACAUAUUGUUAAAGAAAGUGUUAUUUCUUUCUGUAUCCCAACUAUAUAUAUUAGGCUAUUUACUCAUUUUGUACUUCUGUCUUUGUGCUUGAAGAUGCCAUAGAUGCACUAUGAAAUACUGUGUAGCCUAAUCUGCCGGUGUCACCGGUCUUUGAUUCUGUUGUUCUUUCGCAAUUACGGUGGAAAGGGGCUGAAAUUUCUAAAUACAUUACGACCCGACUUCAUUAAACUCGCCGAGACAAAGGACAUUAUUCUCAUCUCUGUGAAAUGUAAAAAAAAAAACAACGAAACACUAAUUUGCUAUAACGAUUUUUUUGUCGGGUCACUGUGAACGGACAUGUAAUUUCAUGUUUUUUCAGGACCUAGGUUAGCCAUUGUGUUGAGGCUCUCGGCAUAUGCACAGCAGAACUGUGGUGUUUCUGACAGGUCUUCAUUCACACACGGCAUAUCCCUGGAGAGGAAGACAGUCACUCUUUGCCUGUGCUUCAAGUGACCGGGCUGUCUCUUUGGAGCAGGUUAAGAGGCUGUGUCGGUCCCAGACGGCGCAAUGGCGGACUCCAUAGCAGCUUUCCAAACCCGGCUCGCCUCUGUUAUGGAGGUUUUACUUAAUGCAGCUGUGAGUGAAAUAACGGACCUUGUCGAGUGCAGUUUUUCUGCUUUCCGGGUUGAAAUAGCCCACUACAAGAAAGAAAACCAAGCUCUGAAGCUGAGGCUGCUUUUCUCGGGAUGCGAGUCCGGAGCGGACCGAGGGGACCGGGUGAGCCCUGCCGGACAUGCAGCGCGAUCUGCGAGCCGGGGUCGUGUCGGAGUCCGGGUGUGCGAAGACAGCGCACUGGGAGAGACAGGUGCCGGUCGGCAGGCACAGCACUGCAGACCAAGGGACGCUGAGGAGCAGGCACCCGAGGAGUCUGCAGACCUUACAGAACUGCCUCCUGACAGCGUUCCGGAGGAGAUGCUUGACCUGGAAGCAGUGAUCAUUAAAGAGGAGUCUACAGCCACGGAGGAGCCCAGGCCUGAUUCACUGCUCGUCAAAGAGGAGAGACCGGAGGAGGACUCAGCCCACAGUGACCUGUGGGCAGCACCGGGGAGGAGAGCCGUCGAGGCCUGCGCUCCUGUCGCCCCUGGGGAAAGGGCUCCCAUCGCCCAGCCUCCCUGUGAGUGGGAGCGGGGCUCUCAGCCCACAGUGCCAGACAGGGAAGAGCAGCACCGGAGCAGGCGGUGUGCAGAAGGGCUCGGAGGAGCAGAGUCUGAAUCUGUGGCACAGGAGCUCAGGCCAUUAGGGUCUAACCUCCGGCCAGAUGGGCUUCAUACUCCCGAGAAGAGCACAGGACGCUCCAGUGAAAUGGGGUUUAUCAGUACGCAGGGUCACAGCACAGAGGGGAGAAAUGAACUGGAUUCCUGUGACAUUGUGGAACAGGACACUGAUUUCCAGUCAGUGUACACCAUAGAGAAUGAAACCCAGACACAGUUUGUGCAGAUUAAAGAGGAGAGCACCAAUAGAAACCGGCCUGCAUCCUGUCUAUGCUCGGACUACACUAAUCCAGGGAUUUGCAUGUUGGAUUCCAUUCACAUUAAAGAUGAGACUGAGCCACAGUCCGCGCACAGUGUAGCAGAGAGAUCUGAGCUGGAUCACAAUGAGUGGCAACGACAGAGAGGGGACUCGGAAAGCAGAGAGGAGCAGCCCAUGUACGUGAUCAAGAAGAAUCUGUCUCAGGACUUGGAAAUGAUUCUGAGGCCUCUCUCGGGCACAGUGGGGAGCCCAUCCUUACAGUGUGGGGGACCCUCCAGCGCACUGACACCAGUACCUGUGAGGGAGGACUCGGCGGAGACCAGCGGCCACACUCAGGGACACAAUCUCUGUGUGCUGUGCGGAAGGACAUUCAGAACACCGCACUCUCUUAAAGGACACCAGCGGAUUCACACGGGAGAGAGACCUUACCCCUGCACCAUGUGCGGGAAGACGUUCAGUUAUAUACAAAAUCUUAAAGUACAUCAGAGAAUUCACACUGGAGAGAGGCCUUACUGCUGCACCUAUUGUGGGAAGACCUUCAGGCAGUUUGCAAACCAUAAAAAACAUGUGCACAUUCACACGGGAGAGAGACCGUAUCCCUGCGCCCAGUGUGCAAAGCGCUUUAAGCACUUGGCCGACCUUAAAGUUCACCAGCGGACCCACAGUGGAGAGAGACCUUACGGCUGCGCCCAGUGUGGGAAGACUUUUACUCAUCCGCACAGCCUAAAACUUCACUGGGAAGUUCACAGUCGAGAGAGACAGUACAGCUGCACCUAGUGUGCCAGUGCUUUCAGAGUCCCGGCGCGGAGAAAGUUUUUAACUGCACGCUGUGCUGCGUCUUCAGGACCAAAGCAGCCUAGAUGAUUGUACAGGUACAAAGAGAGGAAAGCCAGGUUGUUUACGCAGUUAACAGUCAUGAAGAAAUAUUUUAUAAAAUAACUUUUCCUCAGUACUUGUGGAGACCUGGGUACCGCAAACCAUUGAUAGUGUGCGUUAAGACAUGUAGAGUUGAAAGCUUAACUUUUCAUUCAGGUUGAUACAUUUGUUUUAGUGUUACACAAGGAGCACAAGGUAUUAAAACACUAGGUGGAAAUCUAAAGGAUUUGUGUCAUUUGCAGUCCCUUUUUGAGUUUUCCAUUGUAUGAUCUGGUUUUCACUUGGUAAAGGCUGCCAGGACAGGUUAAGUGAGACUGUAGGGGAAAGUGCUGGAUAGCGCAUGGAAAACAGGAAGUGUUGUGGGCUUUGACAGGAAGUCAUCCAUACCAGCUCAGAAAACCGUCAGGAUCUCUUAACAGAGAAAAGCAGGAGGCCCCAUGUUCUGUGAAGAGCUCCAAAGGUUAACAUUGUCAGAUACAAGGACAUAGUCCCUCAAGACCACAUAUUGGCAGACCACCAGACUCAGGCAGAGCGGCUCCUAUAAACUCUCUUGUGCAGCACGGACCCUGGCAGCACACAAAUUCAAGGAAUAGGAUUUCCCAGCUGCACUGAUGGGGGAGUCAGGGUCUCUUUCCCUGGAAUAGUAUCAGCCCACCAGCCAGUGCAGUGCUGGAGUCCUCCUGCAAGUCUGCAAGAACUUUAAGGUUCCUCAAAGACCCAGAAGCCCAGGAUGCUCAAUAAGGGUAUCCCAGACACCCCCAGCUUUGACGACAUGAGGACCAGGGGCAGGUGAUUGUUCAGACACACACAGACACAAUCACCAGAGCCCUCCUCAGUAAAAGUGACAAUUUAAUUACAUAUUGAUUUUUUUUGUGCAGAUGUAACAGCCUAUCUAAAAGCAGGUGGGCUAAGAUUUGUCUCUUUCUUGAUUUGACUAAAUAAGUGAAAGGUUGGCAUAGGAUGCAGGGUAAGUCUAGACCUGUGCCCUUAGCAAAAGGCUCUGUCGCCUUUUAGGGUAGAAAGUAGCUGGGCAUGUUUUAUGUAUCUAGACAUAUAUAAUUAUCUUUAUCUGACUGUUUCCAGUUAAAAUAGAUAAAUGCAUUCCAAAUUCCAAUAGAAAUACUAUAAUAAACAUCAAUUACUCAAAUUGAGAUGUCACACCCCUGAGCUAUGUAAUAAAGUCCUGUUCUUUGUGAAAAAUCA